GGCGUUAGUCGACACUAGUACACUACGACAGUCGGCAGACGACAGUAUACCAGUGAUCACGAACCUCUGCGGAUGUACGGCACUACUAUACGGCACUACUAUACGGCUACAGCACUCUAUAACACGUCUUUACACUGAACAUUGUCUAGGUAUAUAUAAUACACCUCAGUCCUCAGAUGGAUACGCUCGACAUUUUUAUGUCGAAUUUAAGUGAUGAGGAGAAAGAAAAUUUUGAACGUCAUUCUCAGUUUUACACUUCGUUUGAUAAAAAUCAGAUGCGACCUAAAGGUAACCAACAAAAGGGGAAUGAUGAUGUCGAAAAUAAUGACGAAGAAGACUUUAUGGACGUUUUGUGUGAAUCCAUGGAUGAAAUCCAACCUAUCAAAAAAAAAAUGAAACGAAGUAUUGACUCGCCUUAUCAGGAAGUAGAAGUUUACGAAGGUACGUCGAAUAAUAAUGGUAAAAGCAAUAAUUGUGAUAAAAUAAUUCCCAAAUCAGUCGAAAACUUGUCAAAGAUUGUCAAGGACAAAAGGAUUGUGCGUCAUUUUAAUAACGAUAGCAGUAGUGAUGAGAUAUCCGAAGAUGAUGAAAAUGAAUUGGAAAAAGAAGUAACGGAAUUAAGUAGAAUUCCACCUCGCCAACAGUGCGUCAACGUUAAUGAUGUAUCAACAAAAUGCAAAUUUCUCAUUAAAAAUUUUAAACAAUGUCAAUCAACAGUUAAUGUAGAUACUAGCCACAUGCCACAGGAUUUAGAUUUAUUGAACUAUAUUAAAAACAUGAAACAAAAAUGUAAUGUGACAUUUCAAUUUAAAAAAACACAGUUUUAUAGAUCAUUAGUGAAAUCUCCAAGUGAGAUCUUCAAUCUCAAAGAUGGGUAUGCCCAUAUUGUGGAAGAUACAGGAAUGAUAAAUUUAUAUAACGCUUUAAAAAAAUUUGAAAAACUUCAAAAGUACAAUAUAAAAUUUGUAAAAUCUAAAUUAGGAGACAAGUUAAAACUGUAUAGCGCCAAUUCUGACGUCUGUUGGGACGUUGUUCAUUUAGAGUCCAACAGCAGUCAUGACCUAUUAAAGUAUAAAUUGUCUUAUGGUCAAAUUCCGGACAAUUAUAUUUCAGAAGUAGAAACUAUAGUUUGCCGAAUUUUAUUCUGUAAAUUAAAUGACAAGGGAAAAAAAUCGACCAAUAAUACAAAUCAAUUUCAGAACGAGGAUUACGAUUUGCUUGAAGGUGAAUUAGAGUUGCUUAUUUUUAAUUAUUGGCAAAUGUCUACGCGUGAUAUGUUAGGAUACAAAGAGCAUUUAAAUCGCAAAAAGAAAAAAAUGGUGUUUUAUUAUAUGUUUAAAAAUUUGGAAACAAAUAUUAUUCACUAUGAUGUCGGUGAAAAUGAAAAACAAAAGCAUAUGUUAAUGAACUUCUUGAAAUUGUACAAGUCGUAUGCGGCGUUUGAAAACCCGUCAUUAUUGACUGCCGCCAGUUUGGCAUAUGUAAAAAACUCUGCAGGUAAAUUAGUUUCGUUUUUGGGAGAACAGUAUGAUUUGUGGUCAGGUUUUUUUCAUACAUUUAAUAUGCACAGUACAGCUUUUGAGCAUACAAUUAAAGCUUUGUUAGAGGACCGAGACAUUAUUUUUAGAUAUUUAUUUACGAGAGUAUUAGAAAUUGAUAAUUUCAAUAUUGCUGGUACUAGUAAAAGUUUGUGGUUUCAUGGGGUUACACAAAAAACAACCCCUGAACUGGAAGACACAAUAAUAAAAAAAAAAGAUGUGGCUAAUUGUCUUAGCUUUUAUUUUUGUUGCCCAGAAAAUGUUCCUAGAGGUUUAUGUAUAAAAAUGGAUAACUAUUAUUUUUUAUAUAUAGACCUUUUGGUUUCUUUUAUAAUUAACAACAAUUUGUACAAAUAUACCAGAACAUUAAAUGCGGAGAAUUUAAUGCAUUUUUUUUUAUUAAAUGACCGGAAUUUUCAUGAAAUUUAUUUGCAAAUUUUAAUUCCAUCGUUUGAAACUAAAAUUAUGGUAACAUCGAUGAUAAUUAUGAUUAAUAAUCAUUUGAGUGCCCGCUUAGAUGGACAAUUUACAAAGAAAUUGAAAAUGGACAUCGAAGUCACAUAUAUGUUUUUUAAACUAAUAUAUCUUCACUUAAAUUAUGCACUGGCGCCCGCGAUGCUGCGCGAAGGCCCCGCUCUCACGGACGUGCAGUGGGCUAGCAUCUUUAUAUCAGAUUUAGAUAAAAUGGAAAUGUUUUAUCUAAACGCCAUGGCAUGGAGAGAUAAACCAUGUAUGUUGGGUGGUGCGGCAGAUGAUUUAGAUUAUAACCCGGAAACCGACGAUUUGGACCUGUUACAAAAUGAGUGCCAUGCUGAUGUUACGUGCAGUGAUGUAACCGACGACGAAGAAAGUUAUUUCCAUUCUUCUGACAGCGAGACAGAAGGAUUGGACGAAAUUAUUGAUAAGAUUUUAAUUGAAAAAAAGAAAGAACGUUUAUUAGCCGAAUGCGAAAAUCUCAAACAAGGUCAAGAACAAGAAAUAUUUGAUCGCAAGUUAUCUAAAAUAAUACAAGACCGCAUACAAAAAGUUGGGUAUUUUAAUAAAUUAGCAGAAAAUACACCCAAAAAAACUGCCACGGAGGGUAAAAAUGUUGGCCAUGUUGAAGUCGAAAAACUGAUGGUGAAUAAAGUAAAAAGUGUUAUGACAUUAAAAGAUGAGCGCGAAAUGGUGGCUGCUGGUGUGUUGGAUGUAUAUGUAUUAAAAAAUAAUGAAACACAUGUGAAUAGUGUGAAUAGUCCUGACACAUUGAAAGUGUUUGGAUUACUCUCUAAAAAUAAAAUUAAGACCGGUCGUAGUUCUAAAGGUUGUGUACUGUGUCCAAACAAAAUUGCCUCGUAUAAUAUGUUGGUUUCGGAAAACGUAGCUGUGUCUUGUUGUUUGACGUGCAUCGAAGUCGUGGCCAAUAUCAUUAAGCAGAAAAUAUACUCAUAUGAACAACUACAGGAAGUUUUGGUAUGGCGUAUAGAACUCCGUUUUAAAGCACCCUUAUUAUUUAAUAAAAACCUGAAGAUUUUGACUAAAAUGCCUCAAAUGUUAUCGCAUAAUGAUAUGUACUGUUGUACAUAUAACAAACUUCACCCCAAUUACGGAAAAAUUCUAAAAAGAAUUGAUGUUUUCAGUCAUCAUUUUGAUCAUGUAAAUCGGUCUUAUUUAUUAGUACCUACUGUAAAUAAAAAUAAAAUAAGAUUUACGAAUUAGUUUUACCAUUAAAAUGAUUUUCCAAAUUCCGUUUAAUUGUAAUAUUGUUGUGUUAAGAUUCUAAACAAUGAUAAAUCUGAUUAUGUCACAAUUUAUGAUCUGUUAUUUAAUUAAUUUAUUUUACUUUUACAUGACUUUUAUUACAUUUUAUAACUGUUGUAAUGCUUUAGCCUAAUAAACACAUCACCUUCAUUUCUUUUUUAAA